AUGCAAAUAGCCCGUCAAUUACUGACCAGAUUAUCUAGGAUGAGCGAUAUCGGUAAGGGAACUGAGCCAGGAAUCAUGUUUAAAUACCAACCUCCUGUCAAUAGAGAUAUGCAUGAGCUGGAUCGCUCUUUCUUCGUCACUAAAGUGCCCAUGGUGGUAGUGCACUUCCCGGAACCCAAGAACAUCAGUGCAUUCUCAGCCAAGUUCAAAGAUGAAGUGCUGAAAUUGCCGCGCAUCUCGAGGGUUGUGAAACUGGAGGCGCAUGGCGAAGAGCCGCCGCUGAAAAAGUCUACCCUCGCUAACGACAAUCACAUUAGGAAAGGUGUCUUGCUGAAAGAUUCGGUGAGGACGGUUGACGAAGCUGCCUCCAGCGUUUCUGCUGAGGCUCUGCAGUUCAUGCGGGACAACGAGGCAGUAUUGCAACCGUACGAAUGCGUGCUGGACUAUUCUUUCUGGAAAACCGAGGAGAUAUUCCGGGCCAUUUUGCCUGUCGAAUUUCUGGACGAGAUACCAUCCGGCUUUACCGCGACGGGCCACAUCGCCCACAUCAAUUUGAGGAACGAGUUCAAACCUUAUGGAAAGCUAAUCGGACAGGUCAUCCUCGACAAAAACAGCAAAAUCGAAACCGUUGUGGACAAGGUGGAUUCGAUCGCCACAAAGUUCAGAACUUUCCACAUGCAGGUUUUGGCGGGCAAGGACGAUCUUGUAGUCGAGCAGCGCGAAUCCAACUGCAAAUUUAAAUUUGAUUUCAGCAAGGUGUACUGGAAUUCGAGACUGCACACCGAGCACGACCGUCUUAUCCAAAAGUUCCAACCGGGCCAGUGCGUGGGUGAUGUUUUCGCGGGCGUAGGCCCGUUCGCUGUGCCCGCGGGCAAGAGAAAGGUGAUGGUUUUGGCGAACGACCUCAACCCGGAAAGUUACAAGUAUAUGGUGCAUAACAUCGAGGACAACAAGACCGGGACUUUCGUACAGCCUUCCAACCUAGACGGCCGUGACUUUAUCCGCCAAAGCCCACAGCUAUUGGCCGAAUGGUACACGCGAGCAGGAGGAGAGGUCGUGGUCCCCGGAGGUAGGAAAUACAAAGAUGCCAAGACCGGGGAAUCCAAAAGAACCGAGCCCGAACAUACACCCAUCCCGGAGUUCAUCCAUCACUACGUGAUGAACCUACCAGACGCCGCCAUUACGUUUCUGGAUGAAUUUGUGGGACUGUACUCCAGGUACCCGGGGUUGCUCGAAACUUUGAAGCAGGCUCCCGGGUUCGACGCUCCAUGGAUCCACUGCCACUGUUUCGAGAAAUACGAUGCAGACGAGAAACCGGAGCCUACAAUGGCCGACCUGCACCGCAGAGUGCACACAAGAAUCAAGAACGUGCUAAACGUAGACGAGGCAGUUCUCCCGUUCGGCCAUUUACAGUUCCACUUAGUGCGCAAGGUUGCUCCCACAAAACCCAUGUUCUGUGUUAGCUUCAAGCUACCAGCUAGCCUACUCUGA